AUGCUAGCUGGUACACCAAAUGUGUUUCAAGAGCGGUAUCUACUGAAAAGAGAACUAGACUCCAAUGGGUGUGUCACCAACUGCCCUAGACUACCCGACUGCAUAUGUCCAGGGAAAAACGAGCAAUGUGUCCAAAUUGCAGCUACAUGCGAAAAGUGUGCCUAUAAUCAAUGCACCCCGAUCUCGUCUUCAACCGUCCACGUUGGCGGAGUCGUUGGGGGCGUAGUUGGAGGAUUGAUUGUAGCCGCGCUAGCGGGCUGCAUCUUGUACUACUUUCUUGUGUACAAGAAGAAGCAUCCAGUCACGUUGGAUGAAGAAUAUGACUAUUACGACAAUGACACAGACGAAUAUGGAGGCAAGGGAAGCAGCGAGAGCGUCAGUGGAGACGAAGAGUAUUCGUUGAAAAGAUUAUCCCUGGCCGGAGUUGAACUACAACAACAAGAUGAGCACCAGCAACUGCAACUGCUCCUGCCAUUGGGCGAAGGUUUGUUGGGUGACCCGGGAAAGACUAGCAAAGAUACUGCUGGUGGCACUGCAAGCAAUCUGCAAGGAAGCUCGCAAUACGCGGCAAGACCUAAUGCUCGGAGAGCAGGGGCAGCGGCCAACAAUAGCAGAAAGACUCAAAUGAAGAGAAUCUCCUCAUAUGAAUCAUUCACUAGACCAAGCAGAUCGAAACAACAAAAACAGUUGCAAGCACUACAGAGACGGGCUAGACAAAAGACCAUUGUGGAACAAGCCAACCAGCAGCGACAACAACAACAGCAACAGCAACAGCAAUCCGGUGCAACUCAAUUGUACAUGCAACCGGGCCAUAGAGACUCCGUGGCUACUUCAUUUUCCAACGCCUCCAAUAUUUUACCGAUUGCCUAUAUUCCAGGGGUCACUGUCCGGCCAAGCAAAAACAAUACUGGAUCGAUAUAUUCAAACGACUCGGACUCGUUAUUUUCGGAUAUGAAUGCAAUUGAAAAUGCAAGCAUUGUUGGUGAUGUUGUGCGAGCUAGCAAGGGAUCAGUUGAAGGACAAAAUAAUCAUCACCACAAUAAUAAUAAUAUUCAUAACAAUAACAACAACAAUAAUAAUACUAGUAAUACUAACCUUCGACAGGUACCUGAGGAACAAAGCAAUGAUGGGAAUGCCGCUACUAUGACGGCAAUUAAAGCCCAGCCGAGACUAGUUAACGUGGAUCGGAUUGAGGAGGAGGAGGAGGAAGAUGAAGAAGAAGAUGAUGAUUAUGACUAUGAAAAUUACAAUCCAAGUCUACACGGAGUAGGUAUUCAAAAUGGAGCUAUAAAUGAAGAGACUGACGAUAGUGAUGUUGAUUCCGAUAUUGGCCAAAUCACACGAGCAACGUCGACCAGAACCAACAAGGGAAGAGGAAAAAUAUCGAGAAUAUCGAGAAUAUCGAGAAUGAGCGGCACGAGCGCAACAACAUCAGACGGUGCGUCGUUUGCAACUAAAGAGAUCUUGAUGGAUUCAAGACACGAGACCAAUGCAAGUGGCACCUAUAUAGACGAGACGUUGACAAGCAUGCCGAUUGAGUUGGUUACUCGUGGUGUCAAUUUCGCCAACCGCGACUCAAGAACCGUUGAUUGGGAAAAUGGCUCGACUGUGGGGUCAUUCUUGUUUGACGUUGAGUUUGACGGAAACAGACCCAUGACUCCACCGCCACGUAGAAAUAUUGGAGUCGGGGACGAUGAUGCAAGCUCAGUACGAAGCCCGUUUGAAGAUCCAUGA